GCGCCCUGGAGACGGCGCCGGGUUCCCGCGCGGUCCACGCGAGCCCUCGGGGUGGCCAGAGUACAGCGCCCGGCAGAUAGCGCACCCGAAGAUGCAGGAUGGCUGCGCAACCGCCCGCCAGCCUCUCCAACCGAACCACGGGUUCCACCUGCCUGGACCCGCUCAGCCAGCUCCUCGGCAUCCCGCUAGACCAGGUUAACUUUGUGGCUUGCCAGCUCUUCGCUUUGUCUGCUGCUUUCUGGUUUAGAAUCUACUUACAUCCUGGUAAAGCCAGCCCCGAGGUCCGUCAUGCAUUGGCCACCAUUUUGGGCAUUUAUUUCGUUGUGUUUUGUUUUGGCUGGUAUGCUGUACAUCUCUUUGUGUUGGUGUUGCUGGGUUAUGGAGUCAUGGCCACCGCAAGUGUAUCCAGUAUCCACAGGUAUUCCUUUUUUGUAGCCAUGGGCUACCUUACGAUAUGCCACAUCAGCCGGAUAUACAUCUUCCACUAUGGAAUCCUCACUACAGAUUUUUCUGGGCCUCUGAUGAUUGUCACUCAGAAGAUCACAACCUUGGCUUUCCAAAUUCACGAUGGAUUGGGUCGAAAAGCUGAAGACCUUUCUGCCGAGCAACACCGACUCGCUGUGAAAGUGAAGCCCUCGCUUUUGGAAUAUUUAAGCUACCAUCUCAACUUUAUGAGUGUCAUAGCUGGCCCUUGUAACAACUUCAAGGACUACGUAGCCUUCAUUGAAGGGAGACAUAUACAUAUGAAGUUGCUGGAAGUGAACUGGAAGCAAAGAGGUUUUCACAGUUUGCCAGAACCUUCUCCCACUGGAGCUGUGAUACAGAAGUUGUGUAUGACCUUACUGUCUCUCCUAUUGUUUUUGACGCUCUCAAAGUCCUUUCCUGUCACCUUCCUUCUUGAUGACUGGUUUGUACAUAAGGCCAACUUUCUGAGUCGACUCUGGUACUUAUAUGUCGUCAUGCAAGCUGCAAAGCCCAAGUAUUACUUCGCGUGGACGUUAGCGGACGCGGUACACAAUGCAGCUGGCUUUGGGUUCAGUGGUGUGGAUGCCGAUGGGCAUUUCUGCUGGGAUCUGCUCUCUAACCUGAACAUCUGGAAGAUUGAGACUGCUACGAGUUUCAAAAUGUACUUAGAAAACUGGAAUAUUCAGACGUCUACUUGGCUGAAAUGUGUGUGCUACGAACGAGUUCCCUGGUACCCUACUGUGUUCACCUUCGUCCUGUCUGCUCUGUGGCAUGGCGUUUACCCUGGAUACUACUUUACAUUCUUAACUGGAGUCCCUGUCACGUUGGCAGCUAGAGCGAUGAGGAACAACUACAGGCAUCACUUCCUCUCCUCUAAAGCUCGGAAGGUUGCUUAUGACGUGGUUACCUGGGCCGCCACGCAGUUGGCUAUCUCCUACACAGCAGCGCCCUUUGUCAUGUUGGCGGUGGAGCCCACCAUCAGUUUAUACAAGUCCAUGUUCUUUUUCUUACACAUCGCAAGUCUGCUGGUAAUCCUUUUCCUGCCAAUCAAACCACGCCAGCCUCAAAGGCAGCCUCAGAGUACCAAUUCCGUAAAGAAGAAGGCAGAGUGAUACCCACAGAGAGAAGCAGAACGACAGAAUUGCGGGACAUUAGGAAGACACAGUGGACAGACUUGAGGGUUCUCCAGUGACUCAGAGGAGAUGUUUACAUGCGUUCUUUUUUUCACUGCAGGGAAUAUUUUUAUACGUCCUUUUUGUUUGUACAGCUAAAUCACCAUGUCUAGCUUCGACCUCAUAUUUUACAGGGCCUUUCAGUGACACAGUGUGGAGAGCAGGCCACUGGGUGGGCUCUUCUGAAGUCAUUUCCACCUGCUGAAAUCUGGACGCAUGGACCCAGGCAUUGCCUCCAGCACUUAGGAGGUGUCUGCUGAGAUGACUCGUCCUAGAUUUCUGAAAUCAGAACAUUCCCAGGCAUGAUUUCCCCCUGGCAAUUCCAGACUUACAGGGCUGUGGAUACAGCUCCUACGCUCAGAAGCCCUUGGAGGGAAGUGAUGAUGGAGGAAUAUUUUCAGGGUGUUAAAAAAAAAAAAACACACAAAAACCAACCCUCCACUAACUGGGAAGAUCAACCCUGACUGCUUGAAUGGAUUGGUGUGCCCUCAGACAGGCUGCGUUAUUUCCCCCCAAGAAUGUAUCAUUCCCUUUCUUCCUUCUGAACUGAGCCAAGAUUGGAAAUCAGAAAGUUUCCUGCCUGUGUGCCCCAGGAGCUGGGGAGAGGGUGAAGGCUACUGGUUUCCAUUUCACCUGCUUUGAUCUGCUGGACUUGACCUACGCUGGCCCUGAGAAGGCACCCAGACACUGAUCCUGUCAAAGGUGGCAAAUACCUUUUCAAGGAAUAAUUGUUUUCAGUAGUUAGAGGCUCUCUUUCCUCCCUGCAUAUCCUGGAAGUGUCAGUGAUCAUGGCCAAUGUGUAGACACGAGCUGAUGUUUGUAAUGGAUUAAAUCCAGCUAUAUUUUAGGAAGCUGCAACUGAGUGACAGUGCUCUGCUCUGUCUUCAUUAUGUAUGUGCUGUGGCUCCUUUCGGGGAUUUCUGUUGGGUAAAAUAGUCUGUAUGAAAGAAGGAAACAUAAUAUUUAAAAUGUGGAAAUUAAUAAUAAUAAUAAUAAUAACGAUAAUAAUAAUAAUAAAAUAUAUGCUACAGUGAUGUGCCCCCAAUCAAAUGCCCUGGGAGCUGAAAAUUUGUUCUGAUCAGAUGAUAAAAAAAAUUAGUCUCUCACUGAAUAAAUAAUAUAUUUCUAUUUUAGGAAA